GGAGCCGGGCAGGUGAGCGGGAGCCGCCCCGGCCCCGGGGCCGGUCGGGCCGCCGCUCCGCCCACAGGGCCGAGCCGCGGGGCUGGCCGCCACCUGCCGCCGCACCGCACAGCCGCCGCUCCUGGCCGCCUCUCCUCUCCUACGCUAUCCUGCCGCGGCGAUGGAGCUGUAGGGGCUUGCGGAGGGAGGAGGAACCGCGCUUCCCCGUGGGAGAAGAAGAGCGGUCCCGCAGCCCACAGGAUCCCGCGAUGGCGGACAGCGCCGCGGCCACUGCAGCCCCCCGCGCCGGCGUGAAGGGCAGCUCGGCGGGGCCCUGGUGGAAGUCGCUGACCAGCAAGAAGAAGCACAAGGAAGCGGCGGCCGCCACACCGCCCCCCGCCGCCGCCAGCGAGGCCCCCGCCGCACCCCCCAACCCCGGCAGCCGGGAGGAGCAGCCGUCCUCCUUCGGCAGCGGCGAAGCCGCGGGGGCGGGCGACGGCAACCGCCGGAGCCUGCGCGUCUCCCACUCGGGCCGCUUCAAGGAGAGGCGGAAGGUGCGCACCUCGCUGCUGGCUGACAGCCCCGAGGUCUUCGACGGUGGCGGUGCCCCGGGCCAUGCCCCCCAAGGGGGCGAGUAGCCCAGGAGGCCUUCGCCCCCGGAGCCGCUGCGCUGUGAGGAGCCGCCGCUGGGCGGGUGGCCGGAGCACCGGCUGGACAGGUGGCCAGAGCCCGCGGCUGCCCCACAGCUGGAGUUGGCCUCAUUUGGCCCGGUGGGCGACAGGGAGGUGCAUGGCAGCAGCCUCCCCAGCCCUGACCGGACGCUGCGGGGAGCGUGGCACCUGCGCAAAAUGAGUGAAUUGUGUGCUGUGUUACAUGAACACUGCCAAGACUGAACCCCCAGAUGACGGGACGGUGUGAUUGCCUUAACAAAGUAACACCGAUAAACACCCCACUCCCUGUACUGCCGUGAGCGGACUCAAAGGUGCUAUCCCAGGACCAACGCUGGGCUCUCUGUACCUUCCCCCAGCCCUUGCCAGGAGCCAACAUGCUGACUUCUCAGGCCUGUGACCCAGCUCCUCUCGGCUCUCCAGCCGAGGAGGCGCUUUGCUGCUCUCAUCUCACGCGCUGCCUUAUCGAAAGAAGAGGGGAACAAAGUGCUCUUAUCUAAUUUCAGGGCCGAGGACCUCCGGCAGUGCCGUAUGUGUUCCUGCCCUGCUGUUAGCAGGCACGCCGUGAACCCAUCCUCCUUCCCCUGCGGGGGUCAAAAGAGAGGUAUGGUGAGGGGCAGGUACUUGCAUGUGCCCCACAUCACAUUGCAUUUAAAUAUGCAAAAGGCAGGACCGUGCUGGUUUUCUCCCUUUUCUUACUGCGUAAUGAUAAGCAGGUGUUUCAGAGGCUAGUCUCCCAUAGUUCUGUUACAGAGGGAGGCCGGUUGUUGUCUAGCAAUUCAUGCUGUUUACCCAGGGAACACAUGAUUUUUGCAUAAUUGGUGAUAACGGGCAUAAUGAAGCUCUGAUGAAGAAAUUGUGAGAUAAAAUGUAAAUACUCUUUUUGGAGACGAGACCAUCUCUGGAGAGCACAGGCGGGGUUGUAUUCCUAACGUGGAAAUAGGCUUGGGCACCGCUGGAAAUGUUCUUUACUGUGUCCGAAGCUUGUGAAGCAAGGUUAAAGAUUCCCAGGAUUUCUUUUGAUAGCAAGAUAAUGCGCUUUAACUCAUGCAGGUGUCUCCUUUCUCUAACAGCUCCUGGAUUUUUGGACAAAGUAAACUAUAAGCCAGAUUUGUACUGGUGUUGUGCCUUACAGAGCAAACUCAGCUAAAAAACUCGGCAAUUACACAUUUCUUGAUAGUAGGUGAUGUAGCAACAACUGAUUUAUUUAUUUUAAAUGCAUUCGCAAUAUACUUUAUAUUGUUAAAAUGUUUUUAGACUUUUUCUGAAUGUGAGAUAAGACACUACAUAGUGGCAGAGACUGAAAAUUAUUUCCUGCGGUAUUGUGCAGUUAUGAUUUUGUUUGUUUGUAACUAAUGAUUUAAGGGCAAUUAAAAAUAAGAAGUGACCUGAAAGGAAAAAAGAGCUGAAAGCUGAGUUUGAGGUGAAAAUACGGAUUUAAACCAGUCGCUGAUAAUCAUUGAAAUGAUGCAGUAGAUGCUGGGCAAGUGCCACCUGGUUUAAUGUGUGUAAUAAUAUAUAACAAACUUUGAAAACUACUGUGUGAUCGAUAACCUCUCUGGUUUAGGUGUUUACCGCUCCUCACUCAGCUACUCCUUCAGACUCUGAAACAAAGGGACUGUAGCAUCAAAUCUGUUUCCAUAAAAGCUUUUUUCCACCCAG